GUCGUGGCCCCAGUCGCACCUCGUCUUUCAGCCAAAGAUAUUGUCACUGCGUUUUCAACCGGUAUACGUUGUGAGCAGCGCUAACACUUACUAACGAUGGGAGAGGACGAUGCGUGAUGGUGGCAGAGAGGUGCCAAGACGGUACGGUAGGAUGGUGACCGUCCGGGCGACGCUAUUGUCUCUGUUAGUGGUGGCCGCUAGCGGUUGCUAUCUGUUUCCUAGUGACGUAACAAACCCCUGCAUCGGGGUGACGUGCGGCCCAGGCGCCCAAUGCCGGCCGUCGGCUGACGCACAGUCCUACACCUGCGAGUGUCCGUCGUCGUGUCCGAGCUACGGCGACCACGAGGGCUCGCGGCCGCUCUGCGCCAGCGACGCCCACGACUACCCGGGCGAAUGUGAGAUGCGAAGGGCCGCCUGCGAGACAAACACUAACAUUACAUUCAAGUAUUACGGCAAAUGUGAUCCGUGCGCUGGCGUGACCUGCCCAGAUCCAGAACUGUGUCAACUCGACGAGAACCGAGCCCCGUCCUGCCGCUGCGCAGAGCCGUGCCCGCUCGAGUUCUCCCCCGUGUGUGCGUCUGACGGCAAGACCUACUCCAACGAGUGCCAAAUGCACAGGGAAUCUUGUCGCGCUAGAAAACAAUUGAGGGUCAUCUUCAAAGGGCAGUGUAGUACGGGAGUGAACCCAUGCGCGGAAGUGGAGUGUCGGCACGGCGCCGAGUGCCGCGUGGAGGGCGCCGGCGCCGCGGUCUGCGCAUGCCCGCCGCCGUGCGAGCCCGUGCUGCGUCCUGUCUGCGGCUCCGACGGCACGCAUGACAGCGAGUGCGAGUUGCACCGCGCGGCCUGUCUGCUCGGGAGGGAGCUGCGUGUUCUCCAUGCUGGGCCCUGUGGCUCGAAUGGUAUCUGCGCGGGCCGCGUUUGCCCCCACGGCGGCGAGUGCGUCGCGUCAGGUGGGCGCGGCGUGUGCCGCUGCCCGCGCUGCUCCAACGAGUUCGCGCCCGUCUGCGGCUCUGACGGCAUCUCGUACGGCAACCGCUGCAAGCUGCAGCUCGAGGCGUGCCGGCACCGCAGGGAUGUCACCGUGCUCUACGACGGACCUUGCAAUGGAUGUGAAAACAAGAAAUGCGAGUUCUAUGCUGUAUGUGAAAGCGAUGGAAUUUCAGAGGCAAGUUGUGUCUGUCCGAAGCAUUGCGAGGAAGGAACGGAAACGGAAGAAGUGUGCGGCAACGAUAAUAAGACCUACAGCAGCGUGUGCUCGCUGCGUGAUGUAGCUUGCCGUGAGAAGCGGCGACUACACGUUAAACAUAUGGGCUCUUGCGAGUCAUGCAUCAGCGUGGAGUGUCCAAGCGGCACUUGGUGCGCGCGCGGGCAGUGCGCGUGCUCCAACCCCUGCGCGGACGUGCCGCGCGAGCCCGUGUGCUCCAACACGCGCAGCACGUUCGUGCACGAGUGCGCGCUGCAGCGCGCGGCCUGCGAGGCGCGCAUGCGCGGCGAACCGCCGGUGCGCGUCGCCUACUAUGGCGAGUGUGCGGAGGAAGAAAAUAUUACGGCGGGUGUAAACAAAAGCGCAAAAAUCACGGAGAUAACAAACGAGAUCUCAAACGAAAGAGAGAGAGGAGAGAACGAAAACUCCAGCGAGCCAACCGGCACGGCGGUGUGCGCGCGCGUCCAAUGCGCGUACGAAGCUACUUGCGCGGUUGACUCCAAUGGACAACCAAGAUGCGCGUGUCUAUUCGAUUGCGCGGCCGCGGCCGCCGCGGCGGCUACGUCGGCGCCCGUGUGCGCGUCCGACCUGCGCCUGUACCCCACGCUCUGCCACAUGAAGCUAGAGUCAUGCCGUCGGCAGGAGGAGCUACGUCUGCGCCCGCUGGCGCUGUGUCGCGGGCUAGAGUUCCGACCAUGUGGCGACGACGAGCCGGUCACGGACGCGGAAGGGCGGCCCGUGGACUGCGGCGGCGGCCCACAUCGCAAAGACUGCCCCAUCGGCAGUUACUGCCAUCACACCACUAAAGCAGCCCGCUGCUGCAGAAAAGACAAAACUCAACCCGAGAAAAAGACCUGCCAAGAAUCAUGGCACGGGUGCUGCGCCGACGGGGUGACGGCGGCGCGCGGGCCCGGCGGCAGCGGCUGCCCGUCGCAGUGCGGCUGCCACCGCCUCGGCUCCGUGUCGGAGCAGUGCGGCGACGCCGGCCAGUGCGACUGCCGGCCCGGCGUCGGCGGCCUCAAGUGCGACCGCUGCGAGCCCGGCUACUGGGGCCUGCCGAGGAUCGGGACCGGACACAUGGGCUGUAUCCCUUGCGGAUGUUCGGCGUUCGGGUCAGUGCGCGAAGACUGCGAGCAAAUGACGGGGCGCUGCGUGUGCAAGCCUGGCAUCCAGGGGCAGAAAUGCACGGUGUGCUCCAACCACGAACACGCGCUUGGGCCUAAUGGCUGCUUCGACCCGGAAUCGACCCAACUGCCAGCGACGAGCUGCGAGCACAUGGCGUGCUACUUCGGCGCGUACUGCGUGGUGCGCAGCGGGCUCGCGCAGUGCGAGUGCGGCGGCGGCGACUGCGGCCCCGCCGGGGCGCCCUCAGUCUGCGGUAGCGACGGCCGCACCUACCUCUCCGCUUGCCACCUCCGCACGCACGCCUGUAGGACGCAAUCCGACAUCGUCGUGCAGGCCUUCGGCCCCUGCGCGGACGACGGCCCGCACGUUAGGCGAGAAAUGAACAGUGAUGCACCGUUGCAAACGAAUGAAGUCCAGUCCCAAUGUGUUCCGAAGCCGACGGCGAUGAUAGUGGAAGAGGUCGAAGGGGAGUUGACGAAUGAGUUUGGGGAAUAUUCGAUUUAUGAUGAUUUCGAGGACGUAGAGGAAAUAUACAGGGUGCCCCUGUUCGACGGCUAUGCGCGGAUGAUGGCCCGAACGAGGCUGCCCGCGAAACGUUUUGAUAUCUGGGCUGAAGUGUCCGCAGUUUGCGACGAAGGUACGCUCCUCAGCGCGGCCGGACCGAGCGAUAACUUGUGGCUCGGAUUAGGCGAAAACAAAGCUGUGUUACGUUGGAACGCUGGCAGCGGACCGAUGGAGCUGCGCGCCGGGAAAGUGAGAUUUGACGGUCGCUCGAAGAUUUCUGCUCGACGGUACAAGAAGGAUGGGAUGUUGCGGAUGGGCAAGGCGACCGCGAGGGGCUCGACGCCGGGGCGGAUGACUUCGCUUGACGUCGACCCGUUUAUAUACAUCGGUCGUCCGCCGGAGAAUAUCACAAAAAGGCUGCCGGGAGCGCCAACGCUGUCGGGGUUCGUGGGCUGCGUGCACCGGCUGCGCGUGAGCGGGCGCGACGUGAUCCCGCCGGCGCGCGGGCUCACGCUGCGCGGGCAGGGCCUGCGCGCCUGCACGCCGCGCAACAUCGCGCAGAUCGUGUGCCCCUAAAUAGUACCUACUAUACUCACGGACCAUAGACUAGCGGGCGCAGCAUGGUUCCAUUUUUAUCGCAUUUCACUAUGCCCGUCACUUUCGCACUUACAUACUUGUUAGAAUGUGACAGGCAUGGUGACAAACGAUAAAAAUGCGACCGUGCUACCGCCGUAGGAAUCCUUUGGACGGAGUGUAGAGCAAUUCUAUCAUGAAACCGAUGUUGCCAAAAAUACUGGGGUGCGAGGGACUAGGUGAGCGAGUCCCGUGCCGUGAUUGGUCCGUUCAAAGACAUAACACGGGCGUCACACAAAGACACUUUGACUCUCGAAAAUGGAGUAAAACUACCGUAUAUUUUUGGCAGAGGGGGUAGCGCUACUAUGCUCAUUCUGGAGGAUGUCUUGUCUGUGACUCACGUAAACCAAAUAAAAACAUGUCUGCCGCGCUCACGUUAUUCACAGUAUGUAAAACUAGCUGAGUUUCUCAUACGGUUCUAUUAGAAAAUCACCGCGUAGCUUCUUUGCCAUCCGCCUGAGAUAAGUGGCAGAACUUAAGCGCGACAGGACAGGAUUGCGCCCGCCUACGUCUAGGGUUGGCAAGCAUGUGAACGAGCCAUAGGAGACAUACAUAUAUAAAGUGUUAAUGCCUGUUUUCUUCAUAAUCAUAACAACAUGUUAAUAUUAGUUUUAGUUAUGGUUAUUAUUACGAGCAUUUGUGCAUUUUCUGCUACGGCACGGGAUAAACCCUGCACAUUAUUAAGUAUUUUUGUAAAAACAAGCUUGGUUUAACCCUCGUACACACGUAAGUACAGUCAGCAGCAGAUGUUGCUUAGCGGGCGCGGUGUUCAAAAUGACCUUGACUUACCUUGAAUUACUUAUUCUCAUAAUAAAGUCUCGUCAAGAUCGUUUUGAACACCGCCCCGCUUAGCAACUUCUGCUGCUAACUGUACCUUUGUACGAUUAACGAUGUCUUAGUAUGAGAACAUAUUAUAUAAAUGUUUGAUUAAAUUAAAUAUUUUAAAAUAAAACAAAUUAGGGACCGAAAAUGUUAUUUAUUGUGGUGCCAAAAGCGUUUUACAAAUUGGGAUUUGGCUGAACAUGGAAUCAUAGGAAUUGUUCAAGAUUUAAAAGAUUAUCAUCUUCUAUUUAAAUCCAAGUAUAAUAAAUGACUGUCAAAUGUAAGCAAUAAAUAAAUGAUAGUAGUUAUAAAAUUAAUAUCGUACCUAUAUCACUCUUUUAAAGUGACUUUUCUCUAGUUACCUAAUUAAAAUUAUGUAUUCUACGUCUACUUACAUUUAUAACGAAAAAUGUGAUAAAGUUUAUGAAUUCUUGUAAGAUAUAUCAAAGCGUGUAUCACUAUUUUCUAUAUUCUAUAACAUAUCUAAUACUGUGCAUUUUUAAAUAAAGUGUCUUGUUAUUUAUAACUAA